UUAUUAUCCGAAUAUGAAUGUUUGUUUGUUGCUAACUAUUCGGUUUUUUUCAAAAUAUGGAAGAUUUAUUCCGAAUGUUUCGUGCAUCGAAAACUCAUCUACAACCAUCGAAUAAACAACAGAUGAUCAAUUACAAAAAUGAUCUGAAUGUGGAUAAAUCGAUCAAUCGAAUUGGACAAAGUUCUAUCACAUCGAUUAAAAUUCCCAUCCAAAGCACAACAUCAUCAUCAUCAUGGAUGGAUUCGGAUAGAAACGGAUUUAAUAAAUGGCCAUUCAUCAACAGCAAUCAAUGUACACAUGUUUCAUUUGAAAAAUGGGAAGAAAUAUGGCGUACAAACAUAAAAGGACGAGCACCAAAAUUAGAAGGCAUCGUAUUUGUUAAUCCAAAUUUUGCUCGUCUCUACUUUGUACCAUCAAUAGCAUUUCAUUGUGAAUUUUAUGAAUACAAUGAAUAUCCGGAGUAUAAUCAACAAUUAUUGUCACAUAAAGGUACUGAUUAUCAUGAUAAAUGGAUGAAAACAAUGAUUCAGCCAACAUCAUGUUUUGUUUCUAUACAUUGUUGUAAUGUGGCUGAAAUAAUUGAUCGAUACUGUAUACGUUGUCCACAUCUUUCACGAAUAAGUUUUCAUUAUUAUCAUCUGGAUGAAGAAGUAUUUAAUUUUAUCUCACAACAUCUUCCACGAUUAGUUUCGAUCAAUUUGGAAAAUUCAAUCGGUCUGAAUGGAAAAUUCAUCGCAAAAUUAGGUACAAUGUCUAGGCUAUUGCAUUUGAAUCUUUCUGGCUGUGAUAUCAAUGAACGAACAUUACAUUGUAUAUUGGAUAAUUGCACGAUUCUAGAGUCACUAAAUAUCAGCAAUAAUUGUCUAAUAACGGGUCAUUGUUUGAGACAUUCUACAGUGAAAAAUUUAAAAAGAUUAAACUUACAGGAUUGUUGGCGAUUAACUCCCGAACGAUUGAUUGAGAUGGUUCAACCUUGUUUGCCAAAUUUGGUUGAAAUAUUAUGUAACAGUGGAAUAAAUGAUCAAUCAUUGAUUGCUAUCACUUCAAAAUGUUCCAAUCUAAAUCAUCUGGACAUUAGUUUCGAAGAAUUCACCUAUUAUGAUGAAGCUGGUCUUGACUGUCUUAGCGAUGCUGGAUUUUGUUCAAUUGCUCGAUUGAUCCACCUAAGAAUAUUGAGUUUACGUCAUGUUGGACGAAUAAGUGAUAAUUCCAUAAACGAAAUAAUCUGUUCUUGUAAAGGAUUGAUGCAAAUAGUUCUGAAUCUAAGACAUCGGCAUAAAUUGACUGAUGCUCGAGCAUUACGCAAUCUUGGCACUUGUACAGAUUUAUUUUAUUUCGAAGCUGUACAUAAUCAUUUUAUCGCUAAAAAUUCAAUCGAACAUCUAUCAUCGUUAAUUUCAAGUCUUCAAGUAUUAAUAUUACGUGGUGAUGAGUUUAUCAAAGAUGAUGAAGCUGCUUCAUUGUUAAAAAAAUGUCGAAAUCUUCGAUUUAUUAAUUUAGAUGGAUGUAUCGAUAUCGGCGAGACUACAUUAGCAUCUUGUAUUGUUCAUGCACGCAAACUAUUACGGAUGGAGAAUGAAAAUGAAAAUUCCAUAAAAAUAUUUCAGGCCAGUCUAGUAAUGACUAGUGUUGAACGAUCAAUGCUCAAUUCAUUUGUUAAUGAAUUUCCCAUGAAUAUACGUAUUCGAGCCUGUGAUUACCGACGAAAUAAAGUUCAUUUCAAUGAAUUCGAUGGACAAGAAAUUGUCGAAUGUCAAUUAAAAGAAAAAUUCUUUCCAUUCUAUUGGCAUGAUUUUAAUUAACCGAAUUAGAAUAAUAAUUUUUAUUUGAAACAAAAUAAAAAACUUGAUUCAUCUUUAUUUA